UUUGUGUGCCCCAUUCAGGGGUUCUGACAAUAAUGCCUGAAAUUGAUUUUUCUUUCGAAAAUGGGAAAUGUCCUAUUGCUAACUCUAGUUCCACCCAAGUAGAGAGCGAAGGGGUGGGCUGUGUUUGCUGAAUAAAAAAGAUUGUCACAGAUAAGAAAGCAUGGACCUCAUUUGUACAAGAGAAUGAGGGAAAUAGUUUGCCUUACGGUGGUGUUGUGACAGCACUAUUUCUGGUGUGAGCUUCAUCAGUGAAUCCGAGGUCAGUGGAGGUCUUGGUCUCGGUCUUUGGCACAUGGACGGCUGCAGUCCAGCGGCAGGACAUAAGACUUCACAGCAGAAGGGGGAACUGCCCUUAGGCAGCCAGCUGGCUCUGACUGGAAGCCAGUGACUGAGACUUGUAAGUUUUACCAUGGCAACACCGGCUCUGUGAGGCUACGGUCACGGUCUGGCCUGUACGAUGGGAACGGUUGAAAGCAGUGCAACGAGAAAGUGUAAAAGACCAGCAGUGAACAGUGAGGUGGGACAAACAGACGGCUGGACGGACACGGCGGGGCCACACGAAAUGGCGGAGUUUAAAGUCCAGAUGGCGAAACACCCCCAGCAGUCACCCCUCCGGGCCCCCAGCGAGCACUCCAAGGACCGGCCGACGAAGAGGCUCUCCUCCGAGUCCAACGGGACCAGCGAGGGCGGGGCGGGGGCUGCCACGCCCGUGGAGCUGACGGCGCUGGAGGAAUCCUUCCGCCGCUUCGCCAUCCACGGGGACACGCGCGCCACCGGCAAGGAGCUGCACGGCAAGAACUGGUCCAAGCUGUGCAAGGACUGCGGCGUCAUCGACGGGAAAUCCAUCACGCUCACCGACGUCGACAUCGUCUUCACCAAAGUGAAGAAUAAAUCCUGUCGCACCAUUACUUAUGACCAGUUCAAGGAUGCGCUUGCGGAGCUGGCCAGGAAACGAUUUAAGGACAAGACUGGAGAGGAGGCUGCUGAGGAGGUCUUCAAGAUGGUGGAGGGGAAAUCGCCCAUUAUAGCAGGAGUCACGAGAGCUGUUGCUUCACCGACUGUGUCGCGUCUGACAGACACCACCAAGUUCACCGGCUCCCACAAGGAGCGUUUUGACAAGACGGGGAGGGGAAAGGGCAAGGCGGGCCGAGUGGAGCUGGUGGACACAUCCGGAUAUGUCUCUGGAUACAAACACGCCGGUUCGUAUGAGAAGAAAGUUAAAUCCCCCAAAUAAACCAACGUGAGGGGGCAAGAUGGAAGGCAGCAGAUAAACAAAACAACCAUUGUAAUUGUCUUCUAAAAACUUGGUGAGAGCACAGAAAAGGGACCGGAUGUCAUAUUUUCACUUCGUCUACCUGUUUUCUGUUAUUGGUGAGUGAGACUUUGUGAGCAUCUUUGUUCCUCUGAUAUGUGAGAACUGGAAUAUCAUUUACAUUCGCUCUAACAAAGACACCACCGGCCACUACAUUCCUUACAAGCAGCAUAUUACUGGCAAGCUUUCAUUGAGCCACCAAGGUCCAUGAAAAUGCAGACAGAGUACAUUAAAGUGAUAUUAUCAUUUGGGGAAAUAGAAAUGUUAACAAGCUAUAAAUAGCAUUAUGCCGAGUGAAAAUUAGAUAAAGACAAAAUAUAGUCUUCUGACUGAGAAGGUUAGCUGUGUAAAGACUGCACUUUUGCUUUGUUUUUGAUAAUGGCUUUUUUCAUUUAUUCAUAAAUUGUCCUCGUUUCAUUUAUUUUACAUAAAGGAGAUCUUUAACAGCAGACAUUGAAGAGCACACAAUGUGAUACCCUUUCUGAUUAUUUUUUCUCAUUUGUUUCUUAACACUUGUGUCUUCCUAGUGUAGUAGAUGUAGGGUAUCUUGAGACCAAUAUUUUACAUUUUUCUCAACUGUGUCUCCCUUUGAGAUAGUGAAGUGUACUGUAUUUGUCAUAUAAAUUAUAAAUAUUGUCCUUUUCUAAUAUCAAACUCUCUAUGAAUAUUCCAAAUUGUGGAUGCAUUUUUUGCCCUCAAUCAACUUUACCAAUUUUGAACUACUACAUUUAAAUAUUGAUUGAAUAUUCAGUUACAGAUCAAAGUGUACAUUUCUUUAAUCUGUGCUAAUUGGAAUGAUUUACGUUAUAAUUAUCUUUAUGUAAAAAAAAAACAUAACUGUGUUAGCGUUAUGUCUUAAGCUUCUCUUUUUUAUUAGCAGAACUUUUAAUUGUUAUGCCAGCUUAUUUUGGUGCUGUAUAGCCUAUUGAUUUGUGUAUAGUGGCAAUGUGGAAAAAAGAAAAUUAAUGUAUCCUAUUUGUAUACCCCCUUUUUAUACUCCGUUCAUAUUUUUUCAGUAAACCAGCUGAACAAGUUUUUAUGUUAUGUAAACAGGUUAUAUAAUAACAUCUCGCCAAUAUUCUACACACAGAUGACGAUGUUAACAGGACUUUUCUGUAUGGCAGAAAACGGUAAAACAGUAAUGAAAGUGAUGUCAAAUAGUAUAGUAUCAAAACUUGUCAACACUUAGCAACAAUAUCAUGCCAUUAUAUGUAGUACAUAUAUAGAGGGCCAUGCAGACACCUUUUGAGGGACAGGUACUCAAAGUGAGAAAAUGGCACACCAACCUAGAAAACACACAGUUAGUGUACAGAAUAUAUUUUACCAAAAUGAAUGAAUUAAAAUUAAUGACAGCAACAAUAAUAAUACAAAUAUUAUAUUUUUAUCUAAUCAAAAGGGCACAUUGGCCACUUGGGGCAAAAAGAGCAGGUGCUUGGGACCUCUGAGAUACUUGACUCACUGGUCAACUAAACAAGGUAUGAACCAUGGAUAGUAAAAAAGGGAUAGGAAACGUGUGGAGACCUGAGAGGAGCUCCACCAAUCAUAGAGCAUGUUUAUUAUGGAAGGGAUCCCAGAAGUACAGCUGGAAAGAAUCCACCAAUUACUGCUGCCAUUGGUCUGUACUGUGUUAUCAACAUUCUCUGUGACUGGUGGACCUGAAACGGACUUUCCAAAGUCAAAAUACUAUCAAAACCGAUAUAAAGAAAGGUCAGAACAAAGUAAAACAGUUUGCAGAAGAGGGUGAAGAGACUGAAAUUGGGAUGUAUCAUUUUGAAACUCAUGAUGUACAAAAUGAUUAUGAAUAUUGUAAUCAUGCCACAAUUACUUAGCUGAUUAUUUGAAUUAAUUGCGUUACUAGUCUUCAGUAAUUAUUCUUGGUCCUUAAAGUUUUCACAUCACAGUUGUGAACAUUUCAACCUCCAUUCCUGAUGUCCUUGUAUCUUGGGGGUUUUAGAAAGACAUGGAAUUAUAUAUGCAUAUGUACAUGAGCUGAGGUGUUCACUUGAUUGUACUUAAUUCUCCUUUUCUUGAUAUCUGAUUGGCUUACUCCUUAAUAUAUUGAUGGUACAAUAUAUUGCUAGAACAAAAAUGCUUUAUAUGUGGUAGAAUUUUAAAAGAAGCAAAACACGGACUGCUCUUACUGGUAUUCGUGUUUGUUCUGUGUGCAUCAUAUGUAUUGUAUUGCGUGAUAAAGAUGUGUUCUGUAUAUGCACCUUAUGUGGUUUAGUGUAAACAAAAUCUUCUGAGGAUGAUGAGAUCUUAGUGCCAAAACUACGUGAUGGUCUUGGAGAACAGACCGAAUCCGCUUUAUCACACUGAAAAGGUCACGUCUUGGUGAUUGCAUCAGCCUUACAUCAACUGUGAAGUAUCAUCAAAAGCAGAAUGUCACAAACCCUUACACCGGGAAUUUUGGGUAGUGAAGUCCAAAGCUUGAGAUAUUGCACUUUGUUUUGCAAGCUCCAGGCUCCACCGCCAGUGAAAAUGUUUUAUGGUAUUCUGCACUAUAAACGCACCCACAGGUCUCUGAGGAAGAAGAUUUUGAGAGGGAAUGAUGUGGUUGAUUGGUUUAUUUAUUUUAUCCAGCUUGUCUUACCUGGUUUGGCUGUACCUUCUGCCAAUCUAGGUCUGGCUUUUCCUUUCGUGCAGAACUGUGCCACGCAAUGCUGAGGGCACGACUGAUAUUGCUUUCCUUAAUAUUUUUUCAUUUGCUAUUUUUCCUCAGAAAAUGGUAUCCAGCUGUUUAUGGAUACUAAUUAUGCACAUAAGCAGUACUGAACAUAGGUUGAAGAAAUAGAGAAAUGUUUUUGUUUGAAAACAAUCUUUUACCAGGCUUUUACAACUGCCACCACUACACAUUAUAUAUACAGCAAAUUUUACCAGCACAUACUUUAAAAUGAAACAUAUCACAAACCACAAUGUCUUAUGAAAUCCAAAUUCCGUGAUUAAGUUUUGUAAGUUUAAAUGAAAACCCAAGGUUGGUUUACAUUCAGGCAUAUAGAGUAAAUAAUUAUUCCCUUUUCAGGCAAGUAAUAGUUAUGCAGUGUGGUUCUACCUUUUGUGACUGAAAUUGGUCCAUAAAUAAUGAGAUCUUUAGAGAGGUGCUAGACUUCAAUCAAAAUACCUGAAUGAUGAAUUGCUCAGUAUUUCGAUCACAUGGUCACAUGCGUUUAUUUAGCAUAAGUAAUCCCAUUAUGUAAGUAAAAACUGAAUUGGAAUAAAGAUCUCAGUGGCACUGGGGUUGCAGUGUUUGCGUUGGUUUGGGAAAUACCAGAAUAUGUAACAUAUUAUUGAUUAAAUGCCUCUUUAAAUUGUCAUGCAACCUAACUUUGCCAGCUUUCAUAAUCUAGAUUUAUGUUCUAAUUUUUGCAAGAUUUUAAAUAAAAUGGUUGUAAUAGUGGGCUAAUGGUUCAGGUGAUCGGUGAAGUUGAUGGUUGGUGCUGUGAUUCUCAGAUGAGGCAAUGUCUUUGUUUACCUGAGUACAGUACUGCCCUGAGUACCAGAAUUGCAUCAGCAAAUAGCAAAUGUACAAUAUUUGCUAUACUUAAAUUCUGCACGUUGCUCUGGUAAUGUACCUUUCCUCACAGCAGCCCUUGGAAAUUUUGGGGGUUCUGAAUUCUCUCAGGAUUUGAUUAUUACCAAAAUUGUGACCACAAGAUUUUUUUAAUGCAUGCACUCUCCUCCGAAGCAGAUGGUUUUGGCCAAUGCUUCUUAUCACGAGGCUACUCAGUCUGGCACAGACUUGAGUAGGAGGAAGGCACUUCACAUGCAGCUCAGCAAGUAGACUUGUGGACACUCAGUCGACCAGGCUGGUGCACAGCGAGAAGCUGUCGUCCCUCAGAUCCCUCAGGAUGACUGCUAGCACAAACUGUCCACCAUCCUGAAGGUGGCUGGUCCAGAUUCAAAAUAUACGUUUUAAAUGAUCAGAUGUUUCACGGUUUCAUUCAAAAUCAAAAACACCAUAUUUGUGAUCUGGAGAUAACCAUUUUGGCAUUUGCAGAUCCUGAAAUAAUUAUAUUGUGAUCACAAGAUAGCAAACUAAAAAUGUUAAUUUACCAAGGGCUCAAUGAGCCAUCAAGUGGAAAUACUCAUAAAUGAAUAACAUAAUACUGUGAGUAACUCAUUUUAUGUGUAUGAAAUUAACAUUGACAGACCAAUGUCUUACUGAAGCUCUUCGCCAUAUUUUAAUUAGCAGCAUCAGAAAAUGUAUAAAUUAAUAAUUAGAAACAGAUUUGGAGUGCCCUCAAAACAAGGAAAUUUAAGUUUUACAUUAAAAUAAAAAGCACAAUUUGUUCUCAAAUAGUGUAUUAAAUGAAUUAUUGUAAUUACAAAUGAAAUAUGAUUAAAUGAAAUAUACAGCUCAGUUUCCUUCACUUUCAAAACUGAAGUGUAGUUGAAUGACUAUGGUGCUGUUACUUCUAUAGGUGGAAGAAAACAUCUGGAUCCUACCUAGUUAUAGCAGGGUAAAAUGUUAGACUGUUACAGCAUUUAUAUGGGUAUACAAGGAGUUCAAAGACUAAGAUAGCUGAGAAAGGUUAUACUUUUAUAGGAAAUAUAUUUUUCAAAAUUUCCGUGACAAACGUUUUCGUACUUAAACAUUCUGUCCAGAUUUGUUAGAGAUAGUUCCAUUUCUGAAGAUGUUUCAUGUGACUUUGGUUUUAGUGCAGAUUUUCAAUUGGCCCAGACAGUAUUUGUGUGCGAUGAAGGAUACUUUAGAUUCUAAGGUCCAAUUGAAAAACACACAAAAACCAAAAUAAUGUAAAAAUAAAUUUAAAUUUUCAUCUCCAAAAAACUGAACUAUUCCAUUCCAUUCGUGAAAUGUAUUUUUAAUGACAUCAUCCCAAACAAGCAACCAUCUUGUGCAGUAUUUGUUUCAGUAUUUCAAGUAUAAUUUGAUGUUACCCGUGUGCUUAAUGCCGAAUACUGUGUAAAUUUUAUUUGGAGUAAUAUUGUCUUUUAUUACAAAAUUUCCUUUUAUGCUGUCGUGCCCUGGUGCAUGCAAAGUGUUUUUGACAUUGUCCUUUGCAAUAAAGUUAGAUCUUUAAUAUCUA